AUGAAAUGGGCUUUUGGAAAGCGCUUUCUCCGUCUUGGUAUCAACUCGAUUCGUUUCGCUGCUGUCCCUGUAUUGACAAAAAUACAGUUUGAAGAUGCUAAGCGGGAGAUUUAUUACACUUCUUGUGGAAUUCAAGGAUACAGACCGUAUAUGGAGGACUAUACAGCCGUGAAGCUGGAUUUUUGCGAUUCCCCUGGGUAUCAUUUUUUCGCCGUCCUUGAUGGCCAUGUUGAUUACCGCGUCGCCCAGUACUGCUCUAAGAACUUACCACAGUUCCUCGAGAAGAAGCUCGGCUCCCUCAUUAAAUCAGAUGCAAGUGCGGAAGAAAUUUCUUCCGAAAUAGAGCGCGCUUAUCUCGAGUUCGAUCGCGAGAUUAGGGCCAGUGGUCUCCGUUCCGGAAGCACGUGUUCCUCUGUGCUGAUGACGCCGAAGAAUUUCAUCUUUGCGAAUGUCGGGGACUCAAGAACGCUGCUUGUGGAUGAGUCUUCUGAGCUCAAGUUUUCAACAGAAGAUCAUAAGCCGAUGGAUACAGAGGAAAGAAAACGCAUUUAUGAAACUGGCGGCUUUGUAAGAUACAAUCGAGUCAAUGGAAAUCUUGCUCUCAGUCGCGCUUUUGGUGAUUUUGAUCUCAAGCCGAAUUCCGAAGGAACAUGGCCCUCAAGACGCUACCACGACCUCUUUCAGCCAGUCAUCGCAGCACCAACCUGUACAAUCAUCCCUCGCGAAGAAAGCGACAGUCUACUCGUUCUCGGAAGCGAUGGCGUUUUCGAUGUUUUAACCAGCGCCGAAGCGGCGAAAUAUGCACAUUUUGAGGCAAGCGUUUUCGGGAAAAACGAAGAAGUAGCCUGGAGAAUGGUUGAUACGAGUUUCUCUCGUGGUUCGAUGGAUAACAUAACGGCGUUGGUCGUUUUCUUGAAGGAUAAAGAGUACAAGAUGCCCGAAUACGUAGCUCGUAAUGAUAAAGCAAGAAAGCUGAUAGAAUCAACGAUAGAAGAAAUCUUCGCGUCUUCCAAAACACCAGCAACAACCAAAGAAGCAGUUCAAAUCUGGCAACAAAUUCUGUCAAAACUAGAAUCCGAAAAGGCCCUACACGAUAUUCUUCCACCCGGAGCAGGGCUUUCUUCGCAACUUUCCCUUAUCCGAAGUAUCUUUUCUGCCAAAUUGAAUUUGAAAUGA